CAAACACCACCACUACAUAUCAUAAUUAGCCCAGUACGUUACUUUUUUGCUGCUACUAUUUCAAAAUGCUCAACAUUCUACUUGUUAGAUUUAGGAGUGUGUUUUACACUCUGCUUCUUUCUUUCAUUCAUCUCAACUUGUAAACCAGGUUUCUUGUUCAUCUGAAUCUCGGAAACAAGAAUGCUGUGUACCAGGGAUCGGAAAAGAAGCCAGGACGGAUCGUUCCCUGUGUACCUUAAUGUUUAUGAUCUGACAUCGGUUAAUGGCUAUGCUUACUGGCUUGGCCUUGGAGCCUAUCACUCUGCCGUUCAAGUUCACGGGAUUGAGUAUGCAUUUGGAGCGCAUGAGUAUUCUACAUCAGGGAUUUUUGAAGGUGAGCCGAGGAAAUGCCAGGAAUUUACGUUUAGGAAAUCAGUCUUGAUCGGAUGGACGGAGAUGAAUGUGGAAGAGGUGAGAAGAGUGAUGGAAGAGGAACUUGCUUAUAUCUAUACAGGAACAGCGUAUAAUCUCAUCACCAAGAACUGUAACCAUUUUUGCAAUGAUGCUUGUGUUAAGCUCACUGGGAAUCCUAUACCGAGCUGGGUGAAUCGACUGGCCAAAAUUGGGUUCUACUGCAAUUGUAUCAUUCCAGCACGUUUGAAAACCGCCAAAUUUGGAAACGACAGAUCAGAAGCAGUUUGUGAAGAAGAGGAAACUAAACUCGCGAAUCCAUCAAAUGAGACGUCGACUACUACUUCAGAUUCGUCAUCUUCUUCGCCUUCCAGCUCCCCUGCGACAAGAAAUGAGAGUACCAGAAUGUCUUUGCUGGCACUGCCACCACCUCCGCUGUUUCUUCCUUCUCCGUAGUACAAGUUUAAAAUGGACUCCCCUUACGUAUAGUUUCACUCUUUUUCUUCGUUGAUUCUUUUCUUGUGAUCGUACAAUACCUCCAACUUUUUAAGAUGCCUGUGUCUGCUUUAGUACCUACAACAAUAAUCUGAAUAGAUCUUUCCUGA